AUGGAGAAGACUGACACUCUCGAUAUCGAAAGUACUGAUGAAAACGGUAACCUGCUCGAGUCUACCGGUGCCUUUAACGUCAUUGACGUGAAUAUCAAGGGGACCCUAAAUACGCUACGUCUAGCAAUCCACUAUAUGCAAUGCUCCCCAGACAGGCCAGCCGGACGCAAGUCGAUUGUUCUGGUCGCCUCUACAUCAGGCUAUUUUGGCGGGACAGGCGUGUCAGCCCAAGGCAGGAGCGCGAUGGCAGGCAGAUGGGCUGAAGCCAAACACAACGGAGGACGUGGGGAUGGCGAUUGCAUUGAGCUCGCUGGAGGGGGAGAGCGGGAGCUGUACUUUGGUUGCGGUCCGCACCGGAGAGAGAUGGAGGCAAGCCGGAGUGCAGUUAUGCCGCAGUGGUUGGGCAAAGAGAUCCAUAUUUUCUUCUAG